UUCAACAGGAAUAGUCCAGUUUUUUUUUUUUAGACAUUUUCAUUAAAGGAGACUUCUGGAAUUCCUUCUUGUUUUGGAUCCUCAGAGUCAUUAAGUCCUUUAAAUCCCUGUGAAGAUGAGCUGUAUUCCUGCCUCACACAGUAUGAGCACCAUUCUCAGUCAAGUAGACUCUCAGAUGGAGGAGAGUUCAGUUCAGAGAAGAGGAAGCAGAGCCUACCAGAUCUUCCCAGAAGCCAAUGAGGAGUCAGAUUCCAGCUCCUACCCCGAAGAUUUCCUCUACAGGAGGGAGCGCCUCCCCUCGAUUGUUGUGGAGCCCACAGAGCACAGCGAGCUGGAGAGCGGGGAGCUGCGCUGGCCUCCACGAUGCCUAAUGAGCAAUGAUGUGGAGGAGGAAGAGGAGGACAGCGGUGCUGAUCCCACAGAGGGCUCUGUGGAUAGAGAGCAGCAGGAGGACAUGGGGAUGGAUGAAGGCUCAGCUGUCAGGAAGUCUUCUAUCGGUCUGUCCCAGAGUCAACUGUCCCUCUCCCGGCUGACCCCGCCCGCCUCUCCCACCCCCCCUGAGGCUGUCCCACCCUGUCUGAAGAGCUGAACCAGUGCAACCAGUAUGGACUGAUAUCCCUGCACUAUCCCGAACUGUGUGUAACCUUUAAAAUGUGUAACCGCUGCAUGAGAUGUACCUCAAUAAAAGAGAACCCCACUGGGAAGGCUGAGUGACGUGAAGGUGAAAUCAGAUCCAUUAUAAAUAACUAACACGAAGCUGAUUCCACUAAUGCUAUUUUUGGAUUGAAAUAUCCUAUAGUUCAAAAUAAUCUGUGGUUAACUGCUGCACUUUGCUGCUACUGUAUCUGACUCUGUGAACUGAAGGUAACCAGAGAGCGUAGCAUCAACCUCCAGGGCUUCUCAGGGGGAAGUUUUUCCUUGUGACGCCAAUUUCAUCCCAGAGCAAAUAAGCGUGUGAUGCACAAGAGUCGAACGAUCAGGGCCUGGCCCGGGCCCAACACGUCUGUUAUGGCUGUUACUGUAGUAAUGUGAGCUCUAACUGUGUCAUGGAAUAACUAAGUCAUGACAUUAGUGGACCAACAAAGAGGACACCAUCAUUUCCAAAGAACUGACCGGUAUGUUUAUGAGGGCUUGACAGACCAUAUUUGUUCUGGCUAUGAAUAUGAUUAUAUUACUCUACCAAAUCAUUCAAUUUUAAAAACUUUAAAAAAAAAAUAAUUCUUUAAUCAAAGUUAGAGCAUUUUGGGACACUGCAGCUCUAAUUCCAAACCCUGAUCAUUGAGAAGAUUUAACCGUGUGAAUGACCUUAUAUCGAUCACUUGAAUAACAUGGUCUCUUUAAAUAGUUACAGUGAUUGGUUGAUUUCCAUUUUUACAGAAACAACUUUAUACAUAGGUUCAUCCAAAUUCAAGAAAAUAACAGCUGUGAGACAGGAGAACGCCAUUGUUAAUACUUUAUCUAUCCAAAGUGAUUUGACGAGCUGCCUUUUCCACUGGAAAAUGAAAUGAUGAUGAAAUGAUGAAACUUUAUUGAAUACUAUAUGCUGCUACAGUCCUAGGUGGAAAAUGCUGAGUCCAGAAGUCCUUUGCUACUAGUAUAAGAAAUACGAAGAGAAGAAACCACUGUAGAAUUUAUGUAUUAUGCCUCUGUGUUACUCUAACCAAAUGUGACAAAAGCUCCUACAUGCACCUUUCCUAUUUACACAGCUGGGUCAGUCUGGAUUACUGUUGUACUACAAUAAAGUUGUGUUUAUUUCCACAUGGAUGCAAGUUUAUUGUGUUAAAGCCGGUAAAAAUGUAUUGACUGUUUGGGUUAUUCAGAGGUCUUCUUUCAUCUGGAAGUUAAGACCUGCACCAGUGAACUCAAA